CUUAGAAUGUAAAAUAUUUUUAACUAUCCUCUGUUUUCAUCUAUAUUCACCAUCAACAAUCCGGUUCUCUUUGUUUCCCCCAACCCUCCCACGGCUGAUGACUGAUCCGGCAUGUUUGCUGACUCAUCCCUGGCCCCCCGAGCCUUGGUCCGAGCGUCCGAACCCCUCCGCGGACUCUGCCGGCGGCUUUCCAGCAUCAUUUUACGGCUUCCACUUGAUUCUCCGGGCAGUUCUCACUCCAUCCUGCAUAAUUCGCAGUGAAUCGUGGAUUACUCCCCGCCGGGCUACUUGUACAGGCAUCCUCGGUAUCAUCGCCUGUUAUCUCCGAUCGCUUUCUCCGCCGGCAUCCGAGCGACGCUUGGUUGGAAUGUCGGGUUCUCGGCGUCACCAGCCCGAGGAUGCCAGUGGGUUCUGACUCAGCCAGGGAUUGGUUCAUUCACCGGGCGCUCCUCGGGACGGUCCUCCUAUUGGUGCAUCCAUCCCACCAGGUGUCGGCAUGGUAGUCCAGAAGGGAUCCAUGUUGGAGAUGGCUUCAUGCUCGUCAUGAGUCUUGAGUAACCUGGCCUUAACACAGUACUCUCACAGGGAUGGC